AUGAAGAGGCGCUCCUCCGGGUCGGCCGAUGAUGGUGACGAAUCCUCCCUCGAGUCCGAUAUUCCCGACCCCGAUCCUAAUUUGAAGACGCGCACAUCGCCUGCACGAGCCCGACGACCGAGCAGCCUCAAUUGGAAACCUUCGAACGAUCGUAAUGGCAGGAAUAAUCAGGCUCGUGAUGAGACUCAAACAACGGCCGCUUUAAAACCCACCUCGCUCGCAGCACCUUCAACUCCCGACAUGGCUCUCGCCAGGACUCCAACUCAAUCGCCUUCUCCAAAUCGUCGUACACAUCGCCCUCGCUUCUCGAUAAUUGUCUUGCUCACUUCUGCGCUGGGGAUUGCGCUCCUAAUAAGCAUUCUGAGGUCUCUAGUGACUAGUCAACUGGACCCAAAGGGGUGUCGUAUGUCCUACAUGCGCCCAUCAUAUGUUCGGUUUACCGAGUUCGAUACUGAGCAUACACGCUUUGCAACCAAAUACUCGUUAUAUCUGUAUCGCGAGCAAGGUGUCGAGCCAGUGGAUAAGCUUCUUGGUAUUCCUGUACUGUUCAUCCCAGGGAACGCCGGAAGCUACAAGCAGGUCCGCCCGAUUGCUUCGGAAGCAGCUAAUUACUUUCACAACAAUCUUCAACACGACCAUGGCGCUCUCGAUGCCGGCAUCCGGAGUUUGGACUUCUUCACUGUGGAUUUCAAUGAGGAUAUUACGGCAUUUCAUGGCCAGACGCUACUCGACCAGGCUGAAUACCUUAAUGAAGCUGUUCGCUACAUCCUCUCACUUUACUCCGACCCUCAGCGCACUACUCGAGACGGCCACCUCCCCGACCCGACUUCGGUAAUUGUUUUGGGACAUUCUAUGGGCGGAGUUGUUGCAAGAGCCAUGCUUGUUCAGCCCAACUAUCAGACGAAUUCGAUCAACACCAUUAUCACGAUGUCGGCACCCCACGCUCGCCCUCCUGUCACUUUUGACGGGCAAAUAGUUCAGAUUUACGAUGAGAUUAAUGAUUAUUGGCGUCGGGCAUAUUCGCAAAAAUGGGCGAACAACAACCCUUUGUGGCAUGUUACUCUAGUUUCGAUCGCGGGUGGUGGCUUGGACACGGUGGUUCCAUCAGAUUAUGCAAGCCUCGAAUCUUUGGUUCCUCCGACACACGGUUUCACCGUCUUUACGACUGGUAUUCCAACUGUAUGGACGAGCAUGGAUCACCAGGCCAUUCUUUGGUGCGACCAGUUUCGAAAAGUCAUUACGAAAACACUUUACGAUAUUGUCGAUGUUGGUCGCGCAUCACAAACCAAACCAAGAGCCGAGCGAAUGAAGACUUUCAAAAAGCGGUUCUUGACGGGAAUGGAGCCAGUGAUGGAGAAGGACUUGCCUCAGAAAGACGCAACAACUCUUCUAACGUUGAGCGACGACUCGAAUUCCAUUCUCCCAGCUGGGCAGCGUCUCACUCUGAGCCAAAUCGGUAAACAAUCGAAACCUCGAGCCCAUCUACUUCCCAUACCACCACAGGGCUCACCCGAGGCAAAACGAUUUACUGUCCUCACGGAUGCCUCUUUGGACGAGGCUGGCGAGAAUGGCAAGUUAGAGGUCUUGUUCUGCAGCGUAUACCCCUUUCAAUCUGGACAAGCUACUUCGCUCUACCCCUUUCAAAUCGACAUUUCGAGCGACGACAGCGAUUCAACGCGGCUCGCUUGUAAGAAUGCCGCAUCAGACCGUAUUCUGCUCCCUGCGUCGACGCCUUCGACCAAGUAUCCUUUUUAUCUUGACAGGGAGCGUGAAAUCAUUCCUUUCUCAUAUCUUCAGUAUGAUCUUGACCAGCUAUCAGAUCAUCAAUUUGUGGCUGUUAUAGAGAAGGCUGCUUCAAAUACGCCCAGUUUCUUGAUCGCGGAGUUCAGUGAUCAGUCUGCGUAUUCGAAGAAAGAGGGCACUGGUCUUAUGAAAUUACUUAUUUCCGGAAUCUCUUUGGAUCUUCCCGCAAACCGCCCAAUGACAGUAGAGGUUAACAUCCCCUCAUUGCAAUCCGCUCUACUUGCAUACAAAUUGGAAAUCACGAGCCCCCGCUGUGAGGCGGAAAAAUCUCUCUUCAGUCCUUUGGUUCGACAAUAUCUUGAUCAACCUUACGAGUCCAAAUAUUUUGUCAAUGUUCAAUCUGCCGACGUCAGUCUUCAUGGUGUCGCUCCCUAUUUGCCUCCUACAUUGGAUUCUAGGGCCCAGAAAGGCCUCACAUUUCAGUUCUGGACGGAUCCGUCCUGUAACUCAAACGUCCAUCUCGAGAUCAAGCCUGAUUUCUGGGGGAGUCUUGGAAAAUUAUACAUGAGAUAUCGGACUGUUUUUGCUGCUUUCCCUAUGUUGACUGUUGCUCUUGUUCUCCGCAAACAGUUUCGCGUCUAUGACAGUUCUGGGGUCUUCAUCUCGUUCUCCCAAAGCUUGGAUCUAUGUCUACGACAGUCGAUCCCUUUGCUGCUUGUGUCUCUGACACUCCUCUCCAUGUCAAUGGAGGGCGUUCCGGUUUCCUGGCUAGGUCGAUGGUUUGAUAAGGCUCAUGCAGCUCCCCUGAGCGUCGAUUACCAUCGCCACGAUAUUCUCAUUGGAACGGAGGAUCCAUUCUUCUGGUUCCUUGUACCCCUGAUUGGGGUUGUUUGCGUCGGUGUCUGCGCUGUGGUCCACUACAUGACAAAAGCUUUUACGCAUAUACUUGGUAUGCUCUAUUGGGCGCUAAGUCUGCUUCGCGUGUCGGGUGUAACAGACAACGAAGGGAUGCCAAAGUCACCAGUGUUCGUCCCUUCGACCCCCAAGAGGCGCAUGAUUACCACGGCUGUCCUCUUGUUCCUAGUUUGGACAUUCAUCCCCUACCAAUUCGCCUAUCUGGUGGCAUGCCUAGUGCAGCUUUUCACCGUGAUACGGGCUCUCCGCAUUAACAACACUACCCCUUCGGAAGCGAACUCAAAUUACUACCACUACGCCCAUUCUAUUCUGCUCCUAAUGCUCUGGAUUCUCCCCAUCAACCUCCCCAUCCUGGCGGUUUGGAUUCGAAACUUGGCUGUUCAUUGGCUGACGCCGUUCUCCUCGCAUCACAACGUUCUAUCGAUAAUGCCCUUCAUUCUCCUUGUCGAAAACUUGACAACAGGGAAGAUGGUGCCUCGGGUGGGCAGAGUUUUUGGCUAUAUCACCAGCCUACUCCUGUUCGCUACGGCCCUUUAUGCCGCCAUGUACGGUAUUUCUCAUGCCUACAUGCUUCACUAUCUGGUGAACAUCAUUGCUGCUUGGUUGGUUGUUUUACAUUCAACGAACGACCCUUUCUCUCUCAGUGGGUUAGGUGCUAUAUUCGACAGUAGUCCAAGCGAGGAUCGAAAAACAUCAAAGGCCUCGAUAUGA